AUGGAGACUAGGUUUUCUAUAAAUUCACAAUUUAUAGCGGAUGGGCAGGCAUUGGGUUUUACAGGAGCUGACUUGCAGAACUAUGUGAAGGAACAAAGGGCGGAGGAGGAACGCAUAAAGAAGGAGGAGCAUGAACGAUGGAAAGAAAGGGAAGUAGUGGAAGCUAAAAAGAGGCAGGAAGAAUUGGAAUUGGCUAGACUUCAGGAGAAAAUUGUGGAGAAGGAGUUGCAGAAAGAAAGUAAAUCUGAAAACAAAGAAGGAGAACCUAAGAUCCAGGAUAAACAUAGACAUAUAAUUGAUAAGUUGGACAAGAGUUUUCAGAAUAUGAAGGAAGAUGAGGAUUUGAUUGGUUUCUUGACUCUAUUUGAGACGGUGGCAACAAGAUGUGGUAUUGAUAAGAAAAGUUGGGCUAUGUUGUUAUCGUACAAAUUGACGUCGAAACUCAAGAAUUUUAUGCUGCAAGAUGAUCUGUUUAAGAAGGAAAAUUAUGAUGAAGUAAAGGUUAUGCUAAUGAGACAGGCUGAUAUAAAUGGAGAAACGUGUAGGAAGAAAUUUCACCAAAUUAGACCUAAAGAAAAUGAUUUCAGGGGAUAUGUAGCCGAUUUGAAAAGGGCACUAGACAAUUGGAUGAAGAUGGCGGAGGUAAAGGAGACCAUAGAAGGCAUGAAAAAUAUGAUUGUGACAGACAGAUUAUUAGAGAGUGUUUCAGGAGAAGUGUAUCGUCAACUUAUCUUAAAUAAAAGUGAUAAUGUAGAAGACAUGCUACAAGUAAUUGAAAGUUUUAAGACUGCAAGUUCAACAAAAUCAUUAUGUAAAGAGGAAAAUGUGUAUGUAAUGGGAGCUGCUGAAGCCACAAGUCAGAAUUAUCCUAGUGACAGGAAAGUCAUAACUUGUUUUAGGUGCGGAAAAGUAGGUCACAGGUCAACGGAAUGUUAUGUGGGUGGAGCCGGAGUGAAACCAAAGCAGGUGACAUAUAAUAAGGAUGGACCAAGACAUGUGUCAGGCACAAGGAAUGUGUCAUAUGGAACUUACAGGAGGCAGUUUGAUACUAGAGGAAGGAGAAUGGAUGGAGGGAAUUGGAGAGGAGCUUACAAUGAUGUGAACCAUGGUGGAGGAAAUAAAAAAAGGAAUUAUUCAGGUGUUGAUUAUACUAAGGAGAAAAACACAGACAAGUCAAAGAAAGUGCAAAACACAGGAUCUAGUGUUAUUGGGGUAAGAAGUUCUUUAAUUGAAUGCAAAGACAAAAUUCCAGGUAGCUACAAAUUAAAAUUGAUUGAUGGUACUAUUAAGGAAUAUCCACUGGCAUGUGUUGACAUCAAUUCAGACUAUAUCACAGGGAAAUAUAUUGUAGCUUGUUUUGAAAAUCCAGUAGCUGAUCUAAUAAUAGGGAAUGUACAAGAUGAACAACAUAAUGAACAUAUUGGUGCUGCUGUUACAAGAGCAAUGGAACAAAAAGAGAAUGAGGCUGAUAUUAUGAAACAUUCAGAAGUUAUUCAAGAUUGUUAUAAGUUAUUUGGAUCAUGUGAAGAUUUCUUGAGAGAACAAGUGAGUGAUCCUACAUUACAAGAAUUAUGGAAUCGACAGAAGGAGAAGAGUGUGGAUAAUAAGACAAAUGGAAGUGUUCGAUUCAAGGUAUUCGAUAGAUUAUUGUAUCGUGUAUUCAAAGGUCAAUUAGGUCAGGAAGAGAAACAACUCGUGGUUCCAGUGUCAAAAAUGGAAGUAAUUUUGAAAACAGCACAUGAAAGUAUAUUUGCAGGUCAUUUGUCAGUUAGGAAAACAAAGUCAAGAAUAUACCAAUAUUUCUUUUGGCAAGGAGUUGAUAAAGAUGUUAAAGACUUUAUUAGGAGUUGUGAUAUUUGUCAACGGUGUAGAAUGCCACGAAGAUGUGACAGAGUUGAACUUGGAAAUAUGAAUAUAGUAACAACACCAUUUUACAAAGUGGCAAUAGAUAUUGUUGGUCCGUUGGAGGUUACCGAGAACAAGAACAGAUUUAUUUUAACACUUGUUGACAUUGCUACGAGAUGGCCAGAGGCAAUACCUUUAAGAAAUAUUACUACAGAAACUGUGAUUGAGGCAUUAAACACAAUCUUCAGUAGAAUUGGUAUACCGCACGAGGUACUAAGUGAUAACGGAAGUCAGUUCACUGCGGAUUUAUACAAGGAAGUGUGUAACUUCUACAAUAUUAAAAUAGUACACUCAACUAUUUUUCACCCUUCGUCGAAUGGGAUGAAUGAACGUUUCAAUUCUUCAUUGAAAAGUUUUCUAAGGAAGGUUACACAAGAGAGUCCAAAGGAUUGGGAUAGAAAGGUUAGCGCUGCACUUUUUGCUUAUAGAGAGGUCCCAAAUGAAACUACAGGAAUAUCGCCAUUUCAAAUGGUAUAUGGAAGACAGAUGAGAGGACCAUUGGCUAUUCUGAAACAAGUAUUUGUAAACAAAGAGGAGGAAGAUGAAUACAGGAAUGUUUACUCAUACUUAAUGGAUUUGAAGGAGAGGUUAUUUCAUGUGACAUCAAUUGCCAACAGAAAUAGUGAGGUUAAAAAGCAAAAGUACAAAAUUCAGUAUGAUAGAUACUCUACAUUGCGCAAGAUUGAUGAAGAGAUGUGA